UUGGAUUUCCUCAGGUCUGGUUUAACUGAGAGCAAAGAGGAGCAAAACGUGGCGGAUUCGGUGACCCCUCGGCUGUGACCAGAGGCGCACAAAGAAUUAGGGCAAGGAAAUGCGUGAAUAUAAAAUAGUGGUGUUGGGCAGUGGAGGUGUAGGCAAGUCCGCCCUCACUGUCCAGUUCGUGCAAGGAAUCUUCGUGGAGAAGUACGAUCCAACGAUCGAGGACAGCUACCGCAAACAGGUCGAGGUCGACGGUCAACAAUGUAUGUUAGAAAUCCUAGACACAGCCGGAACGGAACAAUUCACAGCCAUGAGGGACCUUUACAUGAAAAAUGGCCAGGGAUUCGUGUUAGUAUACUCGAUAACGGCACAGUCGACGUUCAACGACCUGCAGGACCUCAGGGAACAGAUCUUGCGGGUGAAGGACACAGAUGACGUACCGAUGGUGCUGGUUGGCAACAAGUGUGACUUGGAGGACGAGAGGGUAGUGGGCAAAGACCAGGGCGUCAACCUUGCCCGGCAAUUUAACUGUGCGUUCAUGGAGACCUCUGCCAAAGCCAAAAUUAAUGUUAACGAUAUCUUCUACGACCUGGUGCGACAAAUCAACAAAAAGUCGCCAGAGAAGAAGAUGAAGCAGAAAAAGAAAUCGCUGUGCCUACUUCUGUAAGGUAGAUCUAGCAGAAGCCCGUAUACUCCUGCAUGAAACAAAUUCACAAAUAACCAAGGGGACAAAAUAAAAAUAUAUAUAUAUAUAUCAACCGACAACAACCAGCAACAAAUCCGGACACAACCAGCGGAUGAUACAGGGGUUCACAGACGAUCAUUGAGUAAAACUGGAAGCUAGUUGACAAGAAGGAAGGGGAGGGAUGUUUGACAGAAUUAUAAAUAGUGGAAAAUAGACACGAAAUGGAGAACAUGUGAGAAUGGGGUCGUAGAACACCAGAAAAAAGAAGAGAAGGGAACGAAGAAGGUGACAAUGAAAGACAGGGGCAAGAAAAAAAAGUGUGUGAAAGAAGGAGAGAAUGGAAAAGUUGGAGAGAAUAUUAUACAAAUAGGGAGAGAGAGUGAGAGAGAGAGAGAUAAAGAGGUGGGAAUAUAUACAGCGAGUAAAAUAAUAAAAAAAUAGAAAAGGAAAAAAGAAAAAACUAAUAAUGUUGUACAUAUGUUGGUCCCGGGGUGGUUCGUGUGCACGCGCAAACAAAGAGGCGCACAAAGAGGUUUUUUUUUAGUGUUAACGAAACCCCGUGGCAUCGGUUAUCAUUAUAGUAGGAGUUUUUCAUUAAUGAAUAAAUAA